CGAGAUGCCGCAAAGGUUUCUGGGUAUGCAGAGGGAGCCAUAUUUUUCCAAUAUCAGUUACGUGAAAAUACAGCGGAGGGAGAGCAUCUGCGGGAUGGAAUUUUUACUGGUAUCAAGGAAAUAAAGUGAUUUUCGGGUGAAAAUCGUGCGCGUACUGAGUCUGCGAUGCCAGAUUGUCGCGCGUAAGUGUUCAGCAUGAUUAUUUGAGUGAUUCAUUUUGAGAUUAAAGUGAAGUUUAGUGGAAACAGUAGUGCGGGCCCGCGCAGGUGUUGAAGUUAAUAGUUCGGUUGGUUCGGUGAGAGGACGGGGUUAACUUAACCGUGUUCGACAGUGUAACAUCGUAACGCGUAAUGUGGUGACACCAAUGUCAUAACAACAUUUAUUAUCAUUACAUUCAUCGUAAGUAGAGUGCGACAGAGUGCGCCUGCUGGCCAGGGUUAAUCGAGUGCCAGUGCCGCUAUUGGAUUAUUUUCGUGUGUGAUGUCAACUGGAUUUGGCCGUUGUCUAGUUCGUACCUAUGCAUCAAAUGCGCAAUUCAGAGGAUGCCGCAGGGACUAGAGGAGUGUCGGAGGCGUCCGCUGUGUAUACCAGUAAUGUUGGUGGCGCGGCCCCCUGCACUGCUGGACCUGGACCAUGGCCGGCAAGCCUGAGCAGAUUCCGUCUCACCCUGUUCCCUCCCAUCGCAACAAUCAUCAACAUUCAUCUUCGACAAAUAUACAGCAAAACAGUGUUUUAGUCUAUGUUUCUGGGGACAAUUUCGCCUACGCUACUACCGUAGGCCAGAAUGCCGCAGUUGGAUAUCACCAUCAGCAGCAGCAGCAGCAGCAGCCUCAGCCGCAGCCGCAGCCGCAGCAGCAACAGCAGCAGCAGCAGCAGCAACAGCAACAGCAACCGCAACAGCAACUGUCGCAGCCGCAGCCGCAAUCGCAGCAGCAGCAGCAGCAAGGGGACUAUCAGAACGCCUUGUUUCAAUCACAGGGUCAAGUUUACCCAGCUAAAACUUACCUGGGGAAAAACGUACCCAAGGCAAUAAACAAUUUCAUUCGAGAUAAUGGUUCUAUCGAACAGCAUGGGGAAGCUAUUUCUGGAUCUCAGCCCUACCUGAUAGAAGGAGUGGAAGAAAACGGAAGUAGAACUAUUUUAGCUGUAAAUGGGACCAUCUAUGAGCAGGCAGUUUUGACCAAUGGUCACCAUCUGUCGGACAAUGGGAACGGAACUGGUACUUUACCUGAGACCAAUAAUACCAGGACAAGUCCAGAACUAGGUGGCAUCGAAAAGCCUCUCGUGCAGAGCGUCUUGGAUGAGCAAGGAAAAACUUUUCCUAUGAGGGCACCCCACAGGGUCAGUGGGGAGGCAUGCAAGGCCGCUUACCCCGUGGCCCAGCUGCCGGAUGGCUAUUUACCUACCGGUAGAAUUGUUUCAGCCUCUGGAGAGGCUCGCUCAAGUAUUGUAAACGAAUCUACACAGAUUACAUUUGUUCAGCAGACCGAGGGGACGUGCACAACAGAAGUGUAUUCAAGUAAUUCUAUAAUAAAUGAUCAUCGAGUCAUUGGAGUGAAGUGCGAGGCAAGUUCUAAUUCUAAUUCGAACUCAUGUUCAAAUUUAAAUCCCCACGUGAAUCCGACAUUGGAGUCUUGUCUGGACAACCAGGGAAGCUCGGGGAGCAUAGGACGCUGCGAUUCGGUUAGAUCUGAUACCGCAGAGUCCACUUACAGCAGUUUGAGCAGCCCUGAAAGCCACGGACAAUUCCAUGAAUCAGCGACAUUGAAUUCGUGUCCACAGCAGGCUGUGAGAUCUUCGUUGCAAAGUAAUGUGCAGCAUAAUGUUGUAAUAAAUAUGAACAAUAGUGCCAGUACUCAUCAGCAACAAUCAUCUGUUUCGGUUCCUCAGGGGUGGAAGAGGAUAUGCACUAACGGAGUCAUCAUAUACAUCAGUCCAAGCAGUACGGCGCUGGGUUCGCUGGAUCAGCUGAAAGAGUACCUGACGACCGCGGGGACCUGCAAGUGCGGCUUGGAGUGUCCGCUGAGGCCGGAGCUGAUUUUUAAUUUCGACCCCAAGGUUGUCACGCGACCUUGGUGCCCCGACCAGGGCAAGACCAGAGAGAUGACGAAGCUCUGCAACCAUAAGAGGAAAUUGUUGCUACCCGUAGCAGCGGCGAGUCCCGUCGCCUCCUCGACCGUCUCCGGUGUACCCGCGCCUCCAGCUUCGCCGUCGCCUACGUCCUCGGACAAGUCCAAAAAAGACGGUCUCAGCAGAAGAAAAAAGAGGAAGUUGGCAAGCGCUGGUGGUUUAUACUCCGGCGUUUCGGUUUCUCAGCUUCUGGCGCAACGGGAACGUGCCCUGGCUGCUUCUUCGACAACCGGAGGAGUUCAGGGCUCUCCACUUUCCAACAGUCCCCAGGCAUGGCCCUCGAUCGCCGUACCUGCGAAUUUGCAAGUUCAGCAGAACAACCAGUCAAUCAAUCAUCAGCCGUUGAAUUCACCGUCACAAAGUCACGACGCUAACGUUGCCGCGACUGUUCGUACGCCUCAGCAGAGACUGAGUCAACACAGCGUGACCGGAAUGGCAUUGGGAACUUCCUUGAUCAUGAACCAGCAAGGAAAUAGCUUGAAAAAUAUGACUCAACAGCAGCAGCAGCUUCUUCAACAACAGCAUCAGCAGCAGCUGAUGCUGCAGCAACAACAACAACUUAUGCAACAACACAUAUCUCAACAACAGCAACAACAACAACAUCAACAACAAAUACUACAUCAUCAUCAACAAAUGCAGCACAUGCAAAUACUGCAUCAACAACAGCAGCAGCAUCAUCACCACCACCAACAACAACAACAGCAACAACAACAGCAACAGCAACAACAACAGCAACAGCAACAGCAACAGCAGCAACAACAACAUCAACAACAGCAACAGCAGCAACAACAGCAACAGCAACAACAACAACAGCAGCAGCAACAACAACAGGGUGUUAUAAAUAAUCAAAUGACGCAACAGGUUCCUACAUACAUUAAUCAACUCAAUCAACAAUCGUUGCAUGCGAUGCAGCAGCAACAACAAAUUCAACAGCAGCAGCAAAUUCAACAGCAGCUUCAUUUGCAGCAGCUACAAAAACAUAACAUGAGUAUGCCGCAACAACAGCAACAGCAGCAACAACAUAUUAGCCAAGACUCCGAACAGGCACAAGCCGCGAGUAAUUACGGGGGCCAACAUCAGCCGGAUACUUUUUUACAUCACGUAACACCCACCCAGAGUACAGGACCAGCUGCACUUCAUCCGCAGCUGCAACAACUCCAUCAGCAUCAAAUGCAACAGUUGCAGCAACACCAACACCAGCAACAAUCACAUUUGAUGCAGCCGCAAACACCCGAUCACUUGCAGAUGCAAAUUCAUCAUCAGCAGCAACAGCAGAUUUCGCAGGCUUGUGUGCAAUCUCAAUACCCCGCACAAACGCCGCCGUCGAACAAUCAGCUUAAUGGACAAAUCAUUAAUGUCAUGCAACAAUCAAACGUUGGGCCCAUGGUGCAGAAUGGGAUUCAUAACAGCGAUUCGCACGUCCGACAGAACAGACUGCCGACGAUCAACGAUGAAGAGUUGGACUUGAACGCCAAACAAAUCCAGCAUCAACAUCAUCAACUUCACAGUCACGUUUUGCAGCGACAUCACGUCCUACAAAAUUGCAAUUUGAUAUCGAACGCCACCCCUCCAGAGAAUAUGCAACGAAUCUAUCCCCCUUCGCACCAAAUCUCGUACCCUUUGAGGCAUUUCGAUCCUACGAAGAGCAUCGGUAUGGACCCUAAGCUGGGACCCGGACAUCAACAAUUCGCAACCGUUAAUCACCCUGGUCGGAGUCCCAAUAGCAAUCACGGUGCAGAAGCAGCUCAAGGGGGAUUGGGACCGAAUGGACAGACACCUGGCGUUCAAUUCAAUCCCAGAGCUCCACCAUGGCAACAAACUAGGACGAUCGCGGCCGCUCACCAAUCACCACCUGUUGCUGUGCAAAAUAGUCUCGUCUGCAACACCUUCGAUCGAGUCCCACCUCUGCAUCAUCAUAUUCCACCUACGCCAGCGUGGACCGACGAACAUGCUCGGAAAAAGGCCAAAGCAACCAAAACUUUCAGUAAGAAGAGACAACAUCAUUCUGCUGAGAUGAAGAACAACAUCGUCGAUCAAUCGAAUCUAAGUCCGGGUGACGAUUACGCUGACAAAGAGCAGUCGAAUAACCAGAUAGGUUCAACUAUUGCCAACAGCGGUCCAUCAUUUCUGGAUGAUCCUAGUGGGUACCUCGCACAGCAGACUGCGCUUUUGAACAGCACAAUAUCGAGACAAACUGGUGUCAGUAGCUCGCACGUUACGAUAAUGAACAACUCAAAAGUAUCGCAAGCCACACACAGCAGCGUACACAUGCCUAGUAACGCUUAUCUUCCGCAACCAAAGCCUUCUUCCGUACCAAGUUCCACCAACUCUUCCUCUGCCUCGGGUUCCGUUAAAAAUCACGCGACUUCACCAGUGAUCGUUCACAGCAGCAUGACGCCAACGCCGAUGAAUAAUGUCAAUGUCCCCGAGCACAGCCCUUGUCAAGGAUGCGUGUCCAGUGCGGACACUCAGUCGUACAUUCAAGAUCAGUACAAACAACAAUUCCAUCGACAGUAUAUCGCGCAGAGUGAUCAGCGGGAGGAUCCCGUGACUUCUUCAACUUACGGCGAUAGACUGCCGGCCAGUCACCAAAUCGAUUCGCGACCUAUUCAGGGCGGAACCGUUAGCACGAGCCACGGGUCGCCCUUUGGGAUCCAUAGCCCCGCAAAUUGCGAAACGCCGGCGUCGUCUACAUCCGGCAUUUCGCAACCCACAACACCGCAGAGUCUCGUAUCCUCACAGCCCUCCACUCCGCACAGUUAUUCGCAACCCGCUACGCCUCAUUCUCACCAAACUCCGGGACACAUUUCCUCCCAACCGUCGACUCCUCAGGGCCAGCAGCCCACUCAAUCCUCGUCAUCUUCCUCAUCGUCUGGUUCGCAGGAGCAACGUGCACCGACGCCACCGUGCUCAACCAUGGCGCCGUCGAGCACCGUUCCUCCUAGCACGUCUCCGCAAAUCGAAGUCAUGCAACAAGUGCCAGAGACUCGAAAUACGUUGCAUACGAUAAAACGGCAAGCAAGCGGCAUCCGGCAAACUCCGAUAGAUGGGUACCAGCCCCAUCCUCACACUAUCCACGUCGUAUCUCGAGGCUCCUCGACUCCCUACAGUAGCACAUCUACCACGAUAACAACGAUGGCCAGUGGCCAUACAGCCAGUAGCAACACCAUUACGUCCGUGCUUGCUGGACGAACAAAUACAGCUACGGUUUCGAUAAAUGCCCCGUCUGUGAUGCCUAAUUCUACAAUUCCGAACAUGAUGGUUUCUAGCAAGACUCAACACCAAAAUCAGUCCAACAUCGGACCCUCGAACGCCACGGUGUCAUCGGUGACUCACCAUCACUCUAGCCCAGGGUCGAUCGCGUAUACUCAGUCGCCGGUCCUCAGCGUCUCCAAAUCUCCAUUGGAAAUGGUUCAGAGUGUGGUCAGCAGUAUUCAGGUACCUCAACAAGCUGCACCCUGUUCGCAAGCCCAGCCACAGACGCAAACGAAUCAACAAAGUCACUCUCAGUCGAACGUUCAAGUUCACAACGUUAUUCACACCUCGGCCGGAGUGCUGAAGCAUUCGCCUGGGAACACUCUACCACCUGCUCAUAUCUUAGUUUCGAGUGGUGGCCAGCUAAUCAUGGCGAGUACCGGAUCCGGAAUAAGCGGAGUUAUGGCACCCCCGCCACCGAAACUCAUAUCAAAUGCUAGCUCUAUGCCUCCCAUGUCGGUGUCGCCUAUGGUCACGAGUGUUACGGGGGCUGUAAGCCAAGUGAUUCCGGCUGUGGGAGUCGCACAGCAAGUAAUCGGACAACCAACCGUCCUGGUAAAUACUAUCCAAACUCCGCUACUGAUUCAACCCAGCGUAAUGACCAUGGACGGCAUGGGGCAGAACGUACAAAUUCCCCAUCUCACCGUUGCGACUGGUAACGUUUUGCAGAAUGCCCAGUCGAUACUGGAGGCUAAUCAGGAUGUUUCUAGAAAUGUUAACGCAAAUUCGGGCUUGGUGAACAGACAGCCUGCUCUCCUCUCGCCCGAGGCUGGAAUGAAUAAGAAAAAGGCUUACAAAAAGAGAAAAGGAAAUUCUCAGACGGUGGCUUCGAUGUUACACAUUGCGUCUUCUCAACAAAACACGGGAAUGCUGAUGCAAUCACAGUCGAAUUUCGCCCAGCAAAAUUUCCAGACUCAAAGCAUCGGAGGUCCGAUGCUGCAGGCCCUCACUAUUGUUCCAGGUAAAGGUGGUGCGCCGGCUCAACUCGUGAUGAACGGCCAAGCAGGAACGGCAUCGGCGCAAUUUAAUACACAGCAAAUAAUAACGAAUUCCCAACCAACGCAGCAGAUAAAUUUGUUACAACCAGUUAAUCUGCUAAACGGAGCGACGGGAAUGAUGCAAAAUUUUCCUACGAUCCAACAAUUCAUCGUACCUGGAAUCGGAAGUAUGGUCAUGUCUGCCGAUGGGACCGCUACGCUUUUGCAAGAUAAUAAUCUAGGGAUGCAGUUGCAGUUGCAAAAUGUCAACGGACAAAAUGUUCUGACACCUGUACAAAGCCAUAGCGGAAUUUUCAGUCCUGGCCAAAGCAUUCUCGCAGCUGGACCCGCGGGAAUGGUGAUUCGCGCACCCCAAGCGACCGGAGGAAAGAUUAUCCAACAACAUAGCCCAGGAGCUCAGUUUUUGUCGCCGAAUAGCGGACAAUUUCUCGUGAAUAGCACCACCUCGUUUGGUAAUCAGUUGAGUCCGAUCGUAGCGAAUGUUAGUCCGAAUCAGCAAGUCACGUUCAACACAUCUCAGGUGCGUCCAACGAAUGUUCAAGGUCAGCAAGAAUUCAUUCAGAUGAAUGGACAGACUUUGAUGGUCCCUUGUGCACCUCAAAAUAAUAUCGCCGUCUCCAGUGCACCCAACCAGCAAAAUACAACGUUUGUCCAACAGAAUACCACGAUUGUACAGCAACAGACAACGAUGGUGUCCAAUAAUCAAAUUCCAAAUUUUCAAUCCGCAAAUACGAGCAAUGGAAACAGUAUAGAUGCACCGCUCAGUUUGGACCAUAAUCAAUCGUACAUUCUGAGUAGUGGGAUGGUUCAGGGAAAGUCACCCUCGUCGCCAAAGAGUACAGUCAACUCACCAAGAUCUGAACCCGGUCUCGAACACCUUCAUCAUCAGCAACAACAGCAGCAACAACAACAACAGCAACAGCAACAGCAACAGCAACAGCAACAGCAACAGCAACAGCAACAACAACAACAAUUACUAUUGCAACAACAACAGCAGCAACAACAACAACAACAACUAUUGUUACAACAACAGCAACAAAACCAACAACAGCAGCAAUAUGUUUUAACGAGUAGCAGUACGACUGUUGAAAAAACGGCUCAGCAAAGCGGCCAGCAGAGUCCUUCUACGGUGAGACAUUCCGUAUCCACUCAAACCGCAGGUAACCAAGCAAACAUUGCACAACCUGCGUUAAUGAGACAGGGAUCACCACCGGAUACAACGACACACAGUCCUGGAAAUAGUCAAAGAUCCAAUAGUCCAGCGGUGGAUACAACGACGCAUGGUGCCGCAUCCCCGGCACCAUCAAUGGCGACCAGGCAUCAUCCAUCUUCAACGCCCAUGGUUCAUUGCGUGUCGAGUAGCGAACCUGAUUCGGGAGACGCGCAAAUUAUUGCCGAGGAUUGGCGGGUCCAUGGAAUUGCGACGAAAGAGGUGAUGAUCGGACAUCCUGGACACCAGGGUAAAACGUACGUGGAGUCAACGGUGACAACGGGGAUCCAGAUCUAUGCGACAGAGACGUUGAGGCAGGCUGAAGGGGUGGUGAGCUCGGCAAAGUGCGAGGGCGCGGAUCAUGCCCUCGGCCGUGGCAUCAAGCGAAAAUUGGACUCCGUCCACUCCAUGCAUUCCACCCUGCAUGAAGACCAGGAUGUAACCGAGGAUCAGAGGGAAGCUGGAAAUUCACGGAAACUUGAGGUCGGUGAGCUAGUGUGGGGUGCAGCUCGGGGGAGUCCAGCUUGGCCUGGAAAAGUCGAGUCCCUGGGACCCCCGGGCAGCUUGCGUGUUUGGGUGCGUUGGUACGGGGGCAGCGGAGCGCUCACCCAGGUUGACGCUACUACCCUCAAAUCUCUCUCCGAUGGUCUUGAGGCACACCACCGUGCCAGAAAAAAGUUUAGGAAAAGUCGUAAAUUAAACAUGCAACUGGAAAAUGCUAUUCAGGAAGCAAUGGCGGAGUUGGACACAAUGAGCGAAUCUCAAUCAAAGACAAAAAGUACAUCGAGAAGGUGCAACAGACAAGGUACAACAUCGAAAGCUCGAGCGCCCCUCAAAUCCGAUUGUAAAAAAAUACAGAAACAUAAAGUUACAAAGCCAGCGGUGGAUACUUCGAAAGUGAAACAACACAACCGGUGAUGAAUGAAGACUAUUGGUAAUAUUAUUUUCCAUAAACAGAGUGGAUGGUACAUAGUAUAUAUCUAUAAAAAUGAUAACAGUAAUUUUAAUAACAAUAAUGAUUAUACUUUAUUCUUAUCAUCAAACAUGUAAUGGAAGCGAGGUUUAAUUUUAAUUGUAUAUAUACAUUGUGUAUACUUGAUAUACAUGCAACGUAACUAUUUGAAGAACACAUAAAUAUACUUGCCUAAUAGAAGAGAGAAUUCUGAUUGCAUAAUAGAAAGAAUGCUCAUGUUAUACUGUUACAAAUAUAAAUAAUUAAUGAGUGUCAAAACACAGUGAUAUUAGUAUCUCGGAAUCAUCUGGAUUUCUGCAAAUAUUUGUCCCUGGAAGUUCUUUUCUCUUUUAUCAAUUACAUAUUCAGUUUGAAUAUUGAUAUAUUGUAACUAUUAUAAAUGUAGCUAUCUUUUUUCCGCCUCAAUUUUUGCAUGGUUCAUACGUUUGAAUCAGCUUACAUCACAUCAUACGUACACGCGCGCGUGCACACACACACACACAUAUUCUAAUAACAUUAUUAUGCUGUGAAGAGAAAACCUGGUAAUUGUUUGUUAUUACAUGUAUCUCUACCUACUUACAAUCGAGCAUAGUGUAUUCACCCAAUUGCAUUUGAGCAUCAUCAUCGUUGUCGUCAUCAUCGUCGCCAUUAUUUUUACUAUCAUCAUUACCAUUUCUAUUCUUAUUCUUAUUAUUAUUUUUAUUAUUAUUAUUGUUGUUGUUGUUGUUGUUGUUGUUGUUGUUGAUGUUGUUGUUGUUGUUGUAGUCGCUGUUGUUGUUAUUAUUAUUGUUGUUGUUGUGAUCAUCAUCAUUCAACUAUAGAAUAUUAAUAACAUUAUAUUCGUGAAGAGCGCAGUAAAUUACUGUCGUCUAAUGCAGUAGUUUUGAGUUGAAAUGCAUGAAAUAUCAAUAUUAUACUGCUGAAAUAUUAUAGUGAUGCAAAACUUGUAUUAUAACUGAUCAGUAUAUUCUAGAUUUCUUUCUCGGUUUCUAACGCUCACAAGAUUCUUACUGCGGUGAAACUCGAACUGUAGGAUGCGAUUGGAUAUUGGAAGAGAAAAAAACCAAUGACAUUAAUGAUCCCGAUUAUCAUCAGAGAUGUUUUUCUUUCUCUUCUGAUCAGAAAUUCGAAAAAUCGUCAACUACAGGCAUUUGAAAUAUUUGUUGCAGAUCUAUUUGGUUAGAUAUCAACACUGGCAGACAAUAAUUGAAACGCAAGUAUCAAAGUAAUUUCGUAUGAUUUGAGAUGUGUCCGUCUGUACGAGCAUAAUCAGGACUGACAAUGAGCAUAAUAAUGUACCAACGAUUAUAAUAUUUAUGAUAAUCUAUAUUGAUUGUAAUACAACGGUGAUGUAUCGUUAAAAUGGUCGAUGCGUCGUAAUACGCUAGCUAACAACGAAUUAACAGUGUCAGCAUUUAGUGAUUGAUUAUCAAAAUUAUUAGUUGCGAUAUAUUUUCGAGCAGUAUGGUAACAGUUUGUUGUAAAUGUGUAGCCAUUAGCAUUGAAAAUUAUGUUAGCCUAAUACAAAUCAAAAGCCAUAAUUAAUCUUAAGAAUUGAAAGAACAAAGUAGUCUAUUUUUAUUGUUAGUUCAUAAACAAUAAAAUCGAAAAAUCUUUUGAGCGGAGCGGCUGAAGCACUAUCUAUUUUCUAAUAGCCAUAAAAGAAUUUCGAAUUCAUAUGCUUACAUUUAGUCGAGUAUGCGCGUAUUGAGAGCAAACGAAAGUAACCAUUCACAUAUACGAUAUACAAUAGCGAAUGACACGAGACAAUUUUUUAUUUGCUCAUAUUCUACAAAUCUAAUCAGUUAUACCUGGUGGUGAAUUUGCCACAGUUCAAUUAAUUUUCCGGUAGCGCGUGUCAUUUUGAGCGGCAUGUGAAUAUUUCUUAAUAAUGACUCAACAUUUUGAGUGAAAUCGAAUCAAUAUCACAUGGUAACGGAUUCUAAUCCUUGAUAUUCUUGCUCCAUAAAUAUUGCUGCAUGCUCCUUGUUUCUGAUGUAAGCUUAUCUUCGGAAUUGUCAUUGAGUCGGCAAUCAUGAGUGAAUACAAGUGAGUGAAAUGGUUUGUAUGUAAGAGCAAAGGAUCCUUCGCGUUCAUUUAUUCUCAUUUUCGACAAUACUUUCCGUAGACCGUUAUUUUCAACACGCCGUUAUGGAAGGGUUUCUCAUAAAUCAAAAGCGUUGUAACAAACAAGCAAAAUGCGAUAGAAUUACAGAUAUAUUCAAUAUAUCUAUGAUACAACAUAACACAGAAACGGACUAUCAAUGAGUAUAAAUAUUUUUAUUCUUUUAAUUAGCUGCAUUCUAUAACACACAAACAAUGCGUUGACAUAUCAAACGGGAAUGACAGUUUGAACACUAUUUAACCGAACAGAACACUCAAAUGCAAACUACACGUUUCUCACGUGUACUCGUGAUUAGUCUCUGGAAUGCGACAAAUGUUCUCAAGUAGUCGUAUGCAAUUAUUUAGUGAAUAAUAAUGAAUUUAGUAUAAUUAUAACGGAUGUUGUCUUGUGAGGGAAAAAGUGGUCCAACAUUUGUAUUAUUCGCAAAAAAGUAAAAAAUAUAUAUAUAUUCUAAACAAUGUUCACAAAAUAUCCUGGGGCAGCCUUAACGAACACGUUCAGUCGUCCUAAUGUUGCAUUUCUGAGAGGCGACACAUUAAUUCAUGAGUAUUUUUAGCCGUGUUCAGCUGUUUGCGAGGUAAUUAUUAACAAAUUCUUUUAAAACGUCAUCAAUUAUAGAUAUACCGAUAAUUCUAUUUGUCAACAAAUUUUAUGAUUAUGUUUUAUCAAAACCCUUUGAUAUCACCUUUCUUGUACCGCACUAAUAGACGAAUCCUAUGCAUAGGUAUCCACGAAAUUCUAAAUAGCACACGUAGGUAUCAUAUAAAAUCGUGAAUCAAAUUUAUAUGUAUAGUAUGCGUGUAUCAUUAAUCAAUAACAUCAAUUUUCAAAGUUUCAAAACGAAGUUCACGUCGCGGGUAAUGAAAUAUAAAUAUUAAAUAUUAUAUUCUCUUCACAUAGCAAAAUUUCACUGGGAAUAAUAAUCAUGAUAACGAUAACACUCGUAGUAUUCGUAGUGGUAGCAGUAGUGAUAGUAACAGUACAGUAGCAGUAGCAGUGGUAGUAUAGUAGUAAUAACAAUAAUAGGAAUAAUAGUUAUAUUAUUAAUGUUAAUAAUAAUAAUAAUAACAAAUAGUAAUAACAAUAGUAAUAAUGAAAUAACAACAAUGAUAAUAAUGCUAUUGGUGAGAAUGAUAACAACAAUGAUGAUAAUGAUAAUGAUUAUGAUGACUAUAAUAAUGAUAAUGGUAACUAUAGAAUGACGAUGAUAAUAUAAUCAUGGGUAUCUUCGAAUAAUAAAGCUUCGUGGUAUAAAAUUACAAGCACACAGCACACAGCUUACCUCAAUGACAGCUAAUCGAAUCAAACAUCUUUUUCACCUAUGCAUAAUAUAUUAUGUAUCAUAGGUUAUUAUAUUACAUGCUAUCGUGAUUUAUAUGAAUGUUAUUUAUUGUAUAUAACAUGACUAUAUAUGUAGAAAAAUUCUUAUAAAGUUGGUACUGUAUAAUAACUUCACUAACAAUGAUAAUGAUAACAAUAACUAUAGUAAUAAUGACAGUAGUAAUGGUAAUGUAGUAACACUGGCAUAAUUAUGUUGUAAUUAUAUAGCGAUAACAAAGGUAUUCAAGUGGAUGUAUAUCCGUAAUGUUUGUACGUGAAUGUGAAUGCAGCAAGGGUCGUAAGGAUUAUACAUGUAUAAAUAUUGAUAUGACUCAUAUUUGAGAAAUAGUUUAUCUAAAAUGAACAUAAUAUUGUAAAUAAAAUUUAAACGGAGAAUAGAAGAUGAGAAAAUCGAUUUGUAUUCCUUAUUUUCCGGAGAGUAAUUUGUAGAAAUCAGAGUAAAUAUUAAUGAACAUUGAAAGGAGAAACUAGUUUGAUUAGACAGGAUUUAAUUAUCAGAGUAAAAGUGAAAAUGUAACAAUAACAUUUAACGUUAUUAUCGGUAAUCGGACUCCAGCUGUAUUGAAAAUAAGAAGAAAACAGAAUCGAUGAGAGCCACUAGCAAAUUAUACAAAGAUUAUAUUCGGACGAGAGUGAAUAACGAUCGAAGUAAUGUCGUAAGUUACGUAAUCGAAUUAAUUCUAAUAAGAGUGAACGGAAAAAUAGGAAAUAUUAAACAAGACACUUUCGAGAGGUGCUGUCGUAAAUCUAUAUAUGUAUAUACACAAUAUAUAUUAUUAAAGAGAUGUCUGUAUUGUAUAGGUAUAACCGGUGAGAAUUUGAAUGAAAUGCUAAUUUGAAAAUGCAAACGGUACAGCUCCGGCGUACUCGAACUCUCCACGACCGCUUAAUAGAAUUAUUAUUGUAGCUCGAGCUCGCUCUGGUUUAGAGACGUAUAGGUUCGAUGACAUUCGGAAGCGAAGAAAAAAAAAAACGAAAAAAAAGGAAGUGAAGUGAACGUAUUAAAUAUUGAACAAUAUCAACUAUCAGUGGUAUAAUAUAAUAAUGGAAUAAAAGAUGAUAAUUUUAUAUUUACGUAUGAAACGUCGAAUCUAUGGGUGUAUAAUAAUACUACUGUUCUAUGGAACUACCUGUACUAGGUGAAAUAGUGGAGCUAUCUAAUUCAAUAUUUGGCAUAAUAUUUAUACACAUAGAUAUAUAAAAGGAAUAUGAUAAAACGUAAGGUGGAACGAGAUAUGAUACACUAAAAAUAGAGAUGGAGGCACGAGGACUCCGUUGAAGAAAAAAAUAUAUGAAGCUAUGUGAUCUAUUAGUAGCUUUUAGUCGUGAAGACUUACUUUAUUUUGUAAAUUUUGUUUAUACAAUGUUUGAUCAUUCACGCAUAAUACUAUUGUAUGUGAAAAUAAAUAAGUUAAUAAAAUAUUAAAAUAUCAGGUUA